UCGGUAUUCCACGUAAAGAACUUAGCUUUAAAUAUGAAGUUAACAGCUGAUCUUAUUCUGCAAAGUCCCCAAUACACAAACGCUUUGCGAGACAGAGAACUCGAUUUACGUGGUAAGUUUUCUUGUUUAACAUUUACUCCUAAAGGAUAUUUACCUUUGAUGUCCAACGUAUCCCCUAUUUCUUUUGUUUUUAGUAUAGCGAGAAACUGUAUUUCUAGACUGACUAUGACUCUGUUAUGAAACAGACCAUCCUGCUUUUCCUGUUGAAAACGCACUGGUCUGCAUCAAGAUAACAUUAUUUUAAUUUGUAAAACAGGAAGAGUUGUAUUAAAACAAUGUCCUGUUCAACCUAAGUUUGUAUUAGUCUCUUAGUGUGGAUACUAGAAAGUCAAACCUACACAUAAUGCAUAAAAAGAAGCUUAUGUUCUUAGCAGCAGCCCUUUUGGAUAGCACUCAAAACAUCGGCUUCUCAAUCUUUCUGCAGUGGCCUGUGUAUGUUAUCGGCAGUAGUUGGCUUAACUGCAGAAUACCCUGCCACCUUAGGUAGGUGAAUACGCAGAUACUCAGUCACUACGUAUCCGCGUGUCCACUUAGUAAAUAUCUUAUAAUAGUCACUAGGUAUCCACAUAUUCGCGUAUCUACUUCGAUAUACACUUAAGACAGCAUAUAAGGCGUAUGGUAUGUCUAUUUGUCGUUCUUAAAGCCACUGAAGGUAGAAAAGUGCAUAAAAGGCAUAACUGCAUAUCCACGUAUCUAGCUCUUUCAGGGAUACAGCUUCAAAGUGGCAGGGUAUUCUGCAGUUGCUCCCAUAUUUGAUAAAAUCAUGUUUUGCUGUCCUUCUGAUGCAACAACAGCAAUCCUUGUUCCUGUGAUAGAAAAAUGGUAAUAUUGGUUUCAGUAGAAACUAAUGAUGGGUGGUAUGCAGAAGUCCGUUCAAACUCAAAUGCUUGCCUUCUUUAAUUAGCUUUUUACUUCCGUUCUCACCCAAAAUAAGGCUGUGCACUACCAACAUCUGUAGGGACCUUAGUGCGCUAAACCUGCAAAGGGUGCCCAGCAUAUCAUAUCAAGAAAAAAAUUAACAUUUCCUAGUCACCCAAAAGCCAAAAGUAAGGUUUCAGGGACCACUGGGAUCUGCUAGAGUAGAGCCUGAAAAAAUCUUCUUUGUUUCAAGCUUCAGCCCACUCCAAGUUGCUCUGACAGGUGCUACAAAAGUAAUUCCUGAGUAGUAAUCCAAGAAUGGCUAUAAAGGACUGUCUUACUUGUUCUUACUAAGUUUUCUUUUUUCCUUUUAGGUUACAAGAUUCCAGUUAUUGAAAAUUUGGGAGCAACUUUGGUAUGUCUGGUAUUAUAGCUCAGGAGUUUACAGAUAAGCAAAAAUUGGUGUUGGUGUUUGAACUUUGUGAUAGUUCUAAUGUUACUGGGUAUUUACAGUUUACCAGAGGAAUUUAAAUGUAUCAUUUCUUAACGGAACACUUACAUAACCAUUCUUCUCCUGUGGGUAAUGAAGGGGGAAAAAGUUUGAUGAAACAUCACAUAGUAACUUGAUCAAUAAAAAGGUACAGUUUUUUAAAUUAAUUUAAAGCACAAAACAUUUUUGUUGUUGUUCAUUUUAGGAUCAGUUUGAUUCUAUUGAUUUCUCCGAAAAUGACAUCCGCAAACUGGAAGGGUUUCCACUUCUUAGGAGGCUGAAGAGUUUGCUUUUAAACAACAAUAGAAUAUGGUAUGUUAGUUUCUUUACUUCUCUUACUUGUUUUCUUUUUGCUGCAGGGUAGAGCUUGUUAUCCAUCCCCCCCUCCCCCCAACUCCGCUGCUUGCUUUCAGACAGGAAGUGAAAUUUAAUGUAAAACCACUGGGAUUAUUUUUAUCCUGUAGACAGUCUACUAUGAUGAAAACAUCAGUAUUUUUCUCAUUGCAGAAAUAGUAUUAAAUUUGUAACAUUGAAAAUUCUUAACUUAAUCCAAUGAAAGUAGAAACAACAGUAUUUCAGUUCAUGAUUAAAAUAAUGUAGUAAUGUGUAUAAAGAGGCUAGGUGUGUCGUCAAGACAUUAAGAGCUUGAAUUAUGUUAGAUGCUUUAUUAAUAAUAUUACUGUUACUAUAAUAGUUGAUACUGAUUAUCACUGCACAUCAAGAAAUGUUGUGUAGUGUUGGUAUACAAUAUCUAACAUUUUCUAAUAUAUACAUGUAUAUGCAUAUCAUUGGUAAGUUCAGUGGACCAAAAAAGGAAAGAGGUAAGCUGGUAAUAUUAUGAGUUGAAAAUUAUGGCGUCACCUAGAUUUACAUCAUUGUAGUUAUCCUUAACAAAACUUAAAGGUAAGAUCUAACAAAAUCUAGGCAGAGUGACACACAUGUAAAUUUUUGCUUUCACAGGCAAAUACCUAGCUCCUUCAAAUUAAUGUACUUAGUCUUGGUCCAAGUUAGAAGCAUCCACUGCAUUUUUUUAACCUCCAAUCCAAGUCAGAGCUUUUGAUGAUGACAAAAUCUUGAUGCUUUUUCUAGAUUUCUGUGUAUCUUUGUAUUUAUUUAAAUGUGAGAUACUUUUCUGUUGUUUGGUGUUGGAAUCAGGUACAUUUUAUAUCUGAGGCAAAUAUUACAAGUGAAAAUUCUUUAUUUGUAACAUUAGUUUAGUAAGUAACUAGAAGACAUGGAAUAAUAUAAAAUAAUUAAUUUAGUGUUUGAAAGUGCAUUUCAUUUUUUGUAUUCUUUUAUUUUUAAGACUUACGUGGUAUGUUGUGAAACAGUAGUACCAUUCUUUAAAGGAAUGGCUGAAUAACUGAAAAAAAAUACUUUUAUGGUAUAGUGUUCUCUUAUUUAAUUAUGUGCAUCUCCAUGUAGCACCAUCUUUUAUUUUAAAUUUAUUGAUUAUAAUUUGUGACCAUAUUCUAAAGAUACAUAAUAAUGCUACUUAAAAAGUGUAAAAUAGUACUCUGUUAUCAGCUUUGCUAAAUAUUACUAAAUGACUUUCUUUACACUUUGUCUCUUUUAGUCGAAUUGCAGAAAACAUCGAGGAAAGCCUACCACAGUUAGAAACAAUAGUUAUGACUUCUAACAACAUGCAGGAAUUGGUAACGUUAUUUAAUUAUUGUUGUUCUCGUACUAAUUUUGUAGUAAAUCUGGUGUCACAUGUAACACUCAAAAAUACUUGUAAACUGUCUUUUUAGGCAUUACAGUGUGAAUGUGUCUAUCAUCAUCUGUUUAUAAGUUGUUUGUACAUUUUUUUUUGCAGAAAGAUUUGGACCCACUGAAAACUAUUCAAAGUCUUAGAUACCUCAGGUAAUAUUUGUUUAUUUUUUUAGUAUAGUCUUUGUUUUUCAUCAGAACCCUGAGGCUGAUCAGUGUGUUGUGCUGGAAAAUACUUUUACAAUAUGAUUUAUACUCUUUUUCCCUCUCCAACUUCUCCAGAAGUUACAGUGUAAUACACAAAAAUUAUUAUUUCAUGAAUUGAAAAUCAGAAAUGGAUUUCAAGUAGAACAGAGGAGAGGUUAGGGGAGGCAGUGUGGCUGAGUUGUUAAGGAGUGGGACUCGCAAUCCAGCAGUUCCGGGUUUGUGUCCUCCUCUAGCCACUUGCUGGAUUUGUUUUGGGUUGUCCCAAGUUCAAAUACCAGGGUUCGCACACACCUUGAAAGUCCUUGAAUUUUAAAAUACAAAUUCAAGAAGUCAAGAACCUUGAAAGUGCUUUAUCCAAACCAGAUUCUCAAGUGCUUAAUAUGAGCAAACACAGAAAGACAUUCAGAAAAAUUGUUCAUGUUGCAGAAGAACUAAGAAAGACGUAGACUCGAGCCUCUUUUUCUAACUGAAUGGAGUCCUUGAAAAAUGGGAAUGUGUCCUUGAAAAGUCCUUGAAUGUUCAGUUCGAAAAAGGGUACAAACCCUGAAAUACUCAACCAUGCAUGUAAAUAGCCAUUUGGUUGCCUUUUGCCAGUUGGGGCAAAGGCUAAGAGACAAAGUAAAUUGAGAGUUAAAUGUAGGUAAAAUAUUUCAAUAGGAAAUUAUUUAAUUUUGACCUAUAACAUAUACAUUGUUUAAGUUGUAGUACAAUCUGUGUACAAACUGUUAAUGUUUCUUUGUAGCUUGCUUCGGAAUCCAGUCACAAAUAAACCACACUACAGAUUAUAUGUAAUCCACAAAUUGCCGCAAAUAAGAGUGCUGGACUUUCAGAGGGUAAAACAAAGGGUGAGCUAUGGUGUAUUACAUUCAUUUAUUAACAAGUCAAAACUCUCAAUUCUGCUAGUUCUUGUAUGCAGCAAGUUUCAGUCAAAAUAUUAGUAUUUUAAUACUGACAUAACAGCACCAGUGCUUUGUUUUUGAGUUUCAUAUUGCUAUGUGCAAAAUUGUGACAAGGUACAUGUAAGCUUGCACAUGAAUUUUGUUAAUGGAGAAGGAUAAACCCCCCAACAUGUACACAUACUAUAUUGAGCCCUCCCAUUGGAGAAGACCCAACAGGGAGACCGCGAAAGUCCUUUUUGCAGCCAAGUCCAGGAAUGGAUCAACCCCAGUAAGCAUUUCUCUGAGGAUGACAUCAUGCACACUGCCCUAGAGUGAGCAGUAGCUGCUAAGGUGAUACUCAGUAAAGAAAUAUCAAAAAGUGUCAAAUGUUUUCAAAAAAACACAAAAGAGUGAGCAAGUUGCGGAUGGCUUGCAGGUGACGGGUGAUGAUGAUGAUGAUUUUUUAAAAUUUCUUGUACCUGUAGGAAAGAGAGGCUGCCAAACGAAUGUUCAGUAGUAAAAAGGGUCAAGACGCUGAGCCAAAAGGCAAGAAAGCAAAGACGUAAGUUGUUAUACAUGUACAUGUGUGUGUGAAAAUGCAAAUAAGAUAAAAAUAGUUGUGUUUAAUUAUUGAACAGUGAUGACAAUGCUUAGAAAGUUGCAGCCGGUGGCAGAUAUCAAUAUUUAUCCAUUGUUUUUUCUAUCUCUUUGCUAGGUUUGUCCCUGGAGGUCCCCCAGUUGGUACAAGACCAGCACCCAGCAAGCCUCUCCAACAACCUACAAGAGACAUUGCUGCUAUCAAGGUAAAGUACAAAAUUAAUGGAAGUCAUUUGUAAUUCUUACUCACAGAUAACUGCAAACUGUGAAACGUGUACUGAGGGACAGGUUUGCAUAACAGACUAACAGUUUGUUAGUUCUGCAUGGUGAACUAUGACCAAUGGCCUAACAUAAAUAUAUGGUUGUAGAUGUAUCUAGGCUGUGGACUACAGUUGUGUUGAAUACAUUAAUGUGAGCAACUGUAAACUUUGGACUGAGUCUUGCUUCAAAGAGUUUGCAGGGAAGAGUGGGUAGCUCAUAUUUUGCAUUGAUUUUGGGCAUUGCUACAUGAUUGUGUCCACUUGGUAAAAUAUUAAAAGUUAUAAAUUGACAAAAGGAGGUCUAGAGAACUGUUUCUUGUUAUAACGAGAUCUGUCUAAUAUGGUUUCACUAUUAUUUUUGAUUUUAAUCUUCAGGCUGCUAUCGCUAAUGCACGUUCCCUGGAUGAAGUACAAAGACUGGAAAUGUUGUUAAGAACUGGUCAAGUACCAGGCAGCAGGAACAAACGUAGUGCUAAUGUGGAUGAAGAAAUGGAAGAUAUGACAAAUGGCUCAUAAAAUAUAGACCCAGUUUUAACAUUUGUUUUAAAUAACCAAAGAAACAAGUUUUUCCAUCAUUCAUCACCUUUCACAGGACAGUCAGUCAACAGGUUUUGCUGAAGAGCAUUCAUGUACAAUACAUCAAUACACUAUUACAUGUCAAGAGAGAAGGAUAUUUAAUGUUUUCUUUCAACACUGGCUACUGCUUUGUGCAUUUAGAAACACCAUGCACCCAGUAUUCUCUUUACACAGCUGUACCAUGCUACUGUGAAACUCAAUAUAGGUUUGGCAUUUGUACAUUUUCUCAAUGUUAACACCCUAGAUCAUUAAUGUCAAACAAACUAAACGAUCAUUUCCAUAUUAAUUCACAAGACAUUCAAUUCAUUUAGGAGCUGAACUAACAAUUUUACAGCCAAGAUAAGUGAGUGAAAUAGUUUCUCUUAGUCACUUUUGGUCUUUUACAUUACUUUUUUGUAAACGUAUGAUUCGUAAUCCAGACUUUUCUUGUUUUACGGAAUAUUAUGUAGAAACAUUUUCUUUUUGUAGAAAAUAAAACUAUUUAAGUACAUAGGUUCGUUUUUGUGUCAUUUUUUUGAAACAUCAACUCUGUCAAUGUAAGCGGGCUUGGGAAGGAUUGGACAGUUCUUAAAGUUUACUGUAAUAAAGGAC